GUACAGUUUAUUGUGUUUGUCAUUAACGAAGGUUAUGUGCAUCUCGGAAGUAAAUGGCAAAAAAUAUACAAAAGCGGCGCUAGUAAAUAUACUGAAACAACAGUAAAGAAACCUGUGUAUAAAAUAAAAAUAAAGAAAAGAAAAAGAAUACUGAAGUGUGUGUACUGUUGAACAGUGAACAUGAUUGGUUUAGUGUUGUGCAUUUUUGGUAAAUUAUGUGAACUCGCGAGGACUACAAAUUCAGGAGUCGGCAAGGACACUGUAAACAUAAAUUAUGAUAACAAACUUAAAAUUAAAGGAAAAAGGCAACGUAAAAGAAGACGUAGGCGACGCAAAGGGCCACCGCCGCGGCUGGGCCUGAAGGCGGCGAGCCCCGGCGUCGACGAGGACUGCAACAGCAACACCAGCCUCGCCGGCAGCCAGCACUCGGCCGACGACCUCGACGCGCACUGCGACAACUCCGGAUACCUCUGGUUCCUCGACUAUAACCCGAUAUUCCGCGACGGCUCCUGUCACCACACGUCGGUGUUGUCCUCCGUGUCGGCCUCCUACAAAGGCAUCAGCGAUCUCGCUUCGCGCUUCGAGUUCACGUCGCGCUACAACGACAUCGCGCGCGACCUCGAUGCCAACCUCGCCGAGGCCGACAUGGAGAGCUUCAAGACCGAAGACAUCCACGCCCUGCUCAUGACAGCCAAUCUCCCGCACGACACCAUAACUGAUGACCGAACGCAUGACAGUAACCCCCGCGGCGAGAUGUUCGCCAGCAUCUCAAGUUCUCUCAUGGAAAAGUUUCGGUUCGACAGCUCUCUCAGUGGCGACAGUAGUUUUCAGGGCGAAGAGUCCGUCGGUUCCAUCAACACGAUGUCGAUCUGCAAGUCAGAGCUGCUGUUCUCGCCGGUGAAGGAGCACGGCGUGCACUUCAGCGUGGACAGCCUGGACUGCUCGCUGCCCGCGGAGCAGGACCUCAUUCUCACGUGCCAGGCCAACAAGGACAACUACACCAUCGCCUUCGAGGGCAGUCUCACCGUCUACUCCGAGGACAGCGAGUGUAACGAGUUUGCCGUCAAUCAAACACAUGACAAAUUGGAAAAGCAAGAAGAUAAUGCAACGCUAGAUGAAAGAACACGCAGGAAUUUAGAAUUAUUAGAAAGAUGUAAGAAACUAACCAAUAAGCUAACUACUUCUAUGGCUAGGAGUGACUUAGGAUUAACUACUUGGAGUAAGCUUAAGAAACAGACCAACCAUUCGCCUUUAAGGAGGCACCCUUCAGGGAACAACAAUGAGGAUUCCCAUGAAGCGACCGAUGCAACAAGUGAUAUGAGCAACUCGGUUAUCAAGAGCCAAAGUCUGCCAAACCUGUACAGAAGAAAGAUUAUGAGCAGUUCCAUCAACUCGGCUGCUCUCAGCAAUUCAACGGUCGAUUCUUUCACCACCAAUCAAAGGUUAAUGGGUACACCGACCUGCAUGAAAGUAUACGAUGUAUCGCAGCACCGUUCGACGCACGGAAGUCAGCAUUCAGAACCAAUGAGUACCUCCUCUACCGAAAACCAAUCAUCUUCAGACAAAAGUCAACCGAAGCAGGCCUUUAGCCUGGUAAAACUGUUUAUGAAACAAAAAAGCAACGAUGGUGUAGUUGGAUUGGAUCAAACAGACAGGUCAGAAUGCUGGCCAUCCAGCUCUGGUGGUGAAAGUGGAGACUCCAUGGGAGAGCCAAAAGAUGACUCCAAAAUGUCUGUGCGUUCUCAAAUGGAACUGCCAUGUGAUGUACCGGAAGAGGGUUCAGCAAUUUACGAUGAGAUUCCACCUAGCAACCCGUACAAUAAUAGAGUUUAUGACGAAGUAAUAGAAGAGGAAGAUAAUGAUGGCGUUAAAUUAAGCGAUAGCGAAUCCAAUCUUUAUGCGACAGUAAAUAAACGCCACUCAAAAAGGACUAACGUCAAUAUGAUGAAUAGCCCUUCAAGACUGAGAAGUAAUAAAAAAUCAUAUUAUUCCCAAUCGUCCAACACUAGUGUUAGUAUAUCGAGUUGCUCAGAGUCGGAUGGAACCCAGAUUACAAAAAUAAAUCGUUUAUUGCAAAGAGAGCCUUUUGAUAACAAAUCUACUUCCACUCAUCUCGAGACCACCACUAUUGAUAAGAGUAUGCAGACGUCCACGUUACAAAUGUCGACCAUAUCCCAUGAACGUGAACUAUUCAAGGUGGUGGAACCCUCGUUUCUUGAGAAACUUAAAGAAGGAGACUGUGAAAAACCUGUAUUCAUACUGUACCCUAACUACACGCUUCCCGAUAUCAGUUUUCUGAACGGCCGACCAAAUAUUUACCUGAACCCUGUAAAAGUAACCGUAUCGCCAAAAUCAAGCGAAAUCAAGAGGAACAGACUGAACGUUAAAGGUAAACGACCAUUUUCUUGCAACGACGUGGAGAUGCUAAAAAAGAAGGGGCUCGGGCACAUAAAAGAUUGGGAUUCACUAAACUUUUUGCUACCCACAGAAUGCAAGCAAAUGCUAUCAGAGUUGCCCGAAUUAAUGCAAAACGUAAGAGAAAAAGAAUGUGGAUCAAAAUGCGGCGACAAAUACUGUAACGUGACACCCAAAUCCAAGGGCAGGCCCAUGAGUUGCGACUGCAACCACCUGGCGGGCCACAACACGACUGUGUCGUCCAGCUCCAGCACGGCCACGCAGCCUUCGUCCGGCUACCGCGGCUCCUCCACCAUGCUCACCGACUCCUCCGCGCAGGCCAGUCCCGCGCCGCACGCCAACUUCAACCCCCUGUUCGUCUACCGCUACGACAGCGCCACCAGCUCGGAGGCCAGCAACAACGAGGGCCCGAGAACCAACCCCGCCUUGCCGAAGCGAUCGCUCUCGGCGGCCGAGCAGGCUCGGUACGCCAAGCAGGGCGAGCACGCCCCGCCGAGACCCCCUCUACCCAAGAGCAUUUUGCGGAAGUCGAUGGACAAAACGCGUAAAACGAGCACGCCGUCAAAACGUUACAGUAUGUUCGAAAUGGACGAGCUUUUGCAAGAUCAGAUCGUUUGUAUGACGGCUGUGACUGAGCACAAGACGAAGAGAAGAUCGCUGCAGGAGCCUUAUUAUUUACAAAAUCAAACCACGGAAUAUAGGAAAAAUAAUGAUUUAGCUGCCAAAAGACUAUCGCAGCAAUUUCUCGAUGCGGCCGAAAAAGAUGCCGACUACAAUGAACUUUUCCACGAUGAAGGUGUCGGUACUGAGAGUAGCCUAGAAUCGGGCAAAUCGAAUGAAUUGAAAUACCACAGACCUCACACGCCACCGAUGCCUAAACCGAGAACUAAGAAAACUGAAUACACGGAGUUCCCUCCACCGGGCGCUCUGAUCAGCAGCGCUGAUUUACAACAAUUAGAAGAGUUUUUGAAAUUAAGCGGGUUUAAUUGCCAAAAUAUGGAUGAAUGGGACCAAAAUCAAGUCCAAAAGGUAAGAAAUCAGGUUACCAAGUUUCUACAAAUGAAACGUUCUCAGGAAGAAAAUCAAAGGUCCACAGAUUCUAGCGGCAGUAGCUGCAAUAGCAAAAAAUCUGUUACUUUUGCCCAUAAGUCUGAGGCCAAGCCCGAAACUCAACCAACCCAAGUGAAGGCAAUGGAAGAGCUGAAAGUAGCCAGUCUCACCACACCGCCUAACUCACCUAAUAUUUCUGCUGUAAUUUCACAAAGACUAUAUCAGGGUAAAAACUUGGCGGAGAUACCAAUUUGUGAAGAAGCUGAAAUAAGCCCAGACGAAUUCAGCAGCCCCUUGCACCACGAUAGCAGAGGAAAAUACGACUUAAUUGAUUUAUCACAAAAGAGAGCCUUAGUCUCAAAUGUGACGGACGCGGUGGAAAUGUUGAUUCAACACUUCUCUUCGGCCACUGACCAAGCCGAACUGGCUUUCCUGGGUGACUCUAAACAGUCUCCAGCUUGCGCCAAAAUCGCCCUAAAUGCCCUAUGCCCGGCAUUGUACGCUGUUUUCAGGGAUGGGCUUAAGGAAAACAUUGAAACCUCCUUUGGAGCCGUAAACAACUCCGUAUGGCAAAUGGUGGAGACUACAGCAAGGCAGGGUCCAAUAACGAAAUCCUUGAACGAGUUGGUGUUGAGGAUCAAUAGCGAAGAUGCUGUCACGGAGGGGCUGGUUAAAUUCAACGCGUUCAUUCUGGGACUAUUAAACGCUCAAUCGGUGGACGCGUGGGUAUCGUACGUGCGCACGCGAGAGUCUGUGCUGAGCAAAGCCUACAACGGCGACUCGCUGCUGCUGGGCGGCGUGCAGUCGCCGCGCUGCCGCGCGCUGCUGGACUCGCUGCAGGCCGCGCUCGAGCCGCUGCGCCUGCUGCCCUUCUCGCUCGACCUCAUGUUCGAGAUGCGCGAGCUGCACCGCAGCUUCAAGAAGAUCGAGAGCGACAUGCGCGCCGCUAGUCGGCCUACCUCGAUUAACACCCCACCACUAACACUGAACCAGCGGAACUUGCUGAAACUAGUGCGCUCCAUGCAAUCGAGCGGGCUUUCGAGCGACGACUGCCAGACUAGCGUCAUCAUGAGGCACAAAGAGCCAAAACAUAAGGAGCCGUCUACCCCGGACCUUCUAAACGACUCCGCGAACGUAAAGACCGCGAUCGAGAAAAACAGACCACGCUCCUGCGUGAAUCCUUCGCCGAUCGGAUACGACCUGUGUCCGAACAACAGCAGGAUAGAGUUGGAGAAUAACCGUCGCUGGUCCGGGGUGCAGCUGGGCUCGAAGCUGAUGCAGGCGUUCGACCGGCUCGUGUUCGACGACAGCGACGACUACACGGACAGCCUGGAGACCAACAAGCCCGCGCGGCCCGCCGCCGCCGACUCCAAGCUGGAAUGCAGCGGCGAGGAGUGGCGGCCAGGGUCCGCGAGCAGCGGCCAGAGCGCGGCGGCCAGCGGGCACUCGGGCGGCAAGUUCCGGAGGCUCCAGCUUAAGUGGGAGCUGCUCAGCAACGCCGAGAGCCCCUCUUCGCCAUCUGGAGAAACGUCCCCGGCAGCGGCGCGCGGCUCCAAGAUCCCCCGGCCCGUAUCGUCGCCCGUCAGGCCCGCGGCGCCCGUUAUCCCCGAGCCCGCCAAGAAUGCCCACCGAGGCAUCCCGGUGCCGGUGCGCAAGGGCGCGUCCCCGACAGCCAGCGCCGGCGCCCGCGCCGCGCCUGCGCGACCCACCUCCGCCAAGCGCCCGCAACCCGCUAACAGAACUUUCCCCGAAGCUGUGAAGAGAGUCGUCGCCAAGACAAAGGAAAAGGAAGCAGUUAUUUGCAAGCCGGUUGCUAGGAAAUCCGCGCCGACGUCGCGAGUGGACGGCGCUUGGGCGUCGCCGGCGCCGCGGCCGGCGUCGCUGCCGUACGGCCGCGCGCCGCCGCCCGCCGCGCCGCGCCGCGCCGCCUCCUCGUCCGCCGCCCGCCACCACUCCACCACACAGCACCAGAAACACAAAUACGUGAGAACAUUAUGGCACCGGCUACCGUCGGACUCCGGGCACCUCGCGUUCAACGAGGGCGAGCGGCUGCGGCUGAUCCUCGAGGUGGACUCGCGGCACCUGCUGUGCUGCCGCGGCGACCAGAAGGGGCUGGUGCCGCGCGACGCGGUGCUGCUCGAGGACUUCUGAUGCCCGCCCUAGCGCUGGCAGCCCGAGUGGCGCCCCUUACAUUUCGGCCGCCUUUAACACGCCACAGGCUGCCUGCCGGGUAUAAACACUCCUAAGUGUAGCGAAGCAGUGAGCGUUUAGUCAUUUCGAACUGGAACUUUUCGGUGGUAAUGGAUCCCGUGAAGCGAACGUUUUGUAUGCGAGGACAACUGUUGUAAAUAGUGAGGCGAGGUUUUGUAUUCUAUUAUAUUUACUUUUUAUUUCCAGUUACCUCUCAGCAAUAUGGAUAUUUUUAUUCGUCACGUAACGAACCCUACUACAUCACUAAAAUUAUAAUUCUCACGUUUGUAAAUUAUUAGUAAAUUCUAGUCUUACGUUUUAAGGCACGACAUGGUCUUGAGCUGUAAAUAAUGUUAUUUAAGGACACAAAUUGGGAAAAUAUUUACGGCAAAUAUACAAAUGACCUAUAAAUAAGUAGGUUGAUACAUUUAUUUCUUUCUAUAAAACACUUUGCAGUAAAUAUUUUCUUCAAUGUGAUGUGAUAUAGAUGAUUAUUUGUAUUAUAGGGAUUAAUCUCAAAUUAAUUACUAAGGAAAACGUUUGUACGCUAAAUUAUUCCAAAUUAAAUGCCGAGAGAAAGUCGCCCAAUAUCGGAAAAAAUAUACUUAGGUAAAUAUAAUCGUGAAUUUGAUGUCUAAAGUUACCCAUAUUUGUAUAUCAUUAUAUGAUGUGUAAUUCGUAGAGCGUAUAGGUACUUCGUGUGUUAACUAUAUUGUUUAUUUACAACCCCGUUUAAACAAGUCUUGUGCGA